AUUGAUUAUUUCUAUACAAAAUAAAUAUGCAUGUGUAUAAUCGGGCAGAUUUGGGUUGGAUAGUGAGAAUACCAUGACCACCCAUUACUCGCAAUAUUCGGGUUUGGAUUUUACCCUUACCCACUAAAAGUUUUUCGAGUUCGAAUUUUACCCUAGCCGAUUAGGUUGGAUUUAACCGGAUAUCCAUGAUUACAUAUAUUUUUGACAUCCCUAGUCUAGACUCUAGAGUCUAGAGAAGACGUUUAGUCACUCCCUAACACCUAGAUUUAUGUAAAAUUAUGAAUUUUUUUAACUCUGAAUCUACAAUCAAACACUGCAAUUUGGAUACAAAUGCAUGAUUUCUACAUACGUGUUUGACGAUGCAUUAGGGUUCACUCCAUCUCCAUGUUUCACAAUUAAUAAUGAAAAAAUUACGUUAACUAUUUUAUUAGGAAAUGUCCAAAAUGAUAAGAAAUUAAGAAUAUCACAAGGAAAAAAGAAGCGCAAGAACUUGAAUAAUAAACACCGAAUAAUUUCGUGCCCAAAUAUGAAUUUAUUUCAUGCCAGAUUGAGUGACUUGACACAAUCUACUCAAUUGCUCGUGUAGUCGUAAUCAAAUCUGCAGAACAUCGGUGGUCGUGCGGGAGCGAUCCUAGUUGUUGGCUCGUCGUCGCUCCACAAUAACUCCACCCCCCUUAAAUUCGCACUAUCCUAUUCCUAUCCUUCCCUAACUGGGUUCGAUUUUGUUUGUUGCUCAUAUUCCGUUCCGUUAUAUUCCAGCUGAGGAGUGAUCUAUCGAUCAAGCAUUUAACAGUCACAUAAAUCUCCGUUUCAAUAUCCCAGCGGUUCACACAUCUUCAUACUUCUCCUUCUUCUUCAGAUUUCGGGAAACCCUUUGGUCUCUGUUCGAGUCGCGCGUGGUUGCUGUUCAGGUGGGUAAUUCAUUCUUCUUCUUUCAUUUUCUUCGAAUGGUGGAGAACACUGGUUACUAAUUUCGCUUUGAUGGAUUUAGUCUUUGGUGGGUUUCUCUUCUCCGUUUUGUUGUGGAUUUUGAUUAGGCUCUAGAUUGAUUGCCGGGAAAAUGGAGGAAGAAUCGUCGGGAGGCGGCUGCAGAAGCUGGGAAGAGGAAAUGUAUUGGAAGCAUUUCCAGUUCACCCAUUUCUCUCAGUUUCUCCUUCCUGGCUACGACCACCAGCUUGCCAUGCCGAAAGCCUUCUUUGGCAACCAGAGAAAGAAAUUGCCAGAACGUGUGACACUUAAAGGUCCCGGUGGCAAUACAUGGGAAGUUGGACUGGCUAUGAAUUCAGGAACUAUGUUCUUCGAUGAAGGUUGGAAAGAAUUUGUGAAGGACCACUCGCUCAAGGAGCAUGAUCUCUUGGUAUUCAAGUACAAUGGGGUUUCUCAUUUUGAGGUCAUGAUCUUCGAUGGGGAGUCCUUCUGCGAGAGGGCGAGUUCUUAUUUUGUUAAGAAGUGUGAACAAAGCAAAGCUCCUCCUGAAAAUGGUAGCCAUCCCAAGCGGAUGCUCGGAGGGAACUCUUCUGGUGUCAUUAAGGCAACUCCUGUUGCUCGGGUUAGGGACACAUCGUUAGAGAAAACUGCCGAGAAUGACAUUGGCAGCACGGUGCCAUCAUCGAGAGCUGGUCGUGCGGUGGUAAAGAAUGAGGCUAAAACAACACCGGUUGCUAAGCCUGUCACUAGAACAGUUGAACACCCUAUUGUUUGGGAAGGUACCAAUGCAAAGUUCAAGAGGCAAAAGAAGAGCAGUGGGGACUCAAUUCAUGAUAGCAAGACUGAGAAAAGCGAAGGACUAUCUUGUUCUGGGGACAGGGAGAAAGAUAAAGAUGUUAAAACAACACCCCUUAGCUUUGAUGUGGUGCAUGAUGUGCCAUACAUAUCACUUAGAAAACUGGUAACAGAAGCUGAGAAAAGGAAGGCCUUGGAAUUGGCACAAGAGGCUGUAACCGAAGAUGGGUUCUACGUUGUCAUGAAACCAACACAUGUAUAUAGGAAAUUCUUCAUGUCCGUCCCAAAUGUAUGGACGAACAAACAUCUUCCCUUGUUGCUCAAGCACGGUGUGGUCCUGAAGGUGAAGGACAAGACGUGGACGACCAAGUUUACGUAUCAGCAGUCUCGUAAGAGCGGUGGGUUCUCAGCUGGCUGGAAGUCAUUUGCAGUUGAGAACAACUUGGAAGAGUUUGAUGUUUGCGUGUUCGAACCUGAUGGUCCAUUCUACGCAUCGAUUAGCCUAAACGUUAAGAUAGUUCGUGUGAUCCAAGAUGAGUAACUUUUUGGUGACGAUCUGAGGUGUGCUGCUGGAGUAUGCUGUAAGUUAUUAUGGUUAGAGUUGCUGCUUUCCUCUUGUACCAGGAUGAUGUUAGGUGUGCUUCAUAAUGUAGAUUUUGAGGCAACAGGGCAAGCUUUGAGCGGGCUAUGCCAAGCUAAUCUAUGUUGGGGAUUUGGUGAACUAAAAUGGCUAGUGGCUUUGGAGUCUUUGCUUUGGCUACUCUUUAGUGUUGGAGAUGUAGACUGAAACUCUAGAUUUGUUUUUUUUUUUGUUGGUAGAAUAGUAGAAAUGUUAAGGCAAUUGGAUAUUUCUAAUGAAGAUAAUUAGAAGACGAAUUGUUAUGUCAACUCCUUAGCACCCAAUCCUUACCCCGCCAAGGCCGUACUAUCAAUGGUCAAAGAAAGCGUUAAGCGUAAG